UCAAGAUUCAGCAUAAACCCUAAAAUGAAGCUUUUAUUCUCUAUAUUGAGAAAUUCAAAUUCAAUAUCUAAUCACAGAAAUGUGUUUAACCGUUUCUACAUUUCGACGCCAAGUAAUCAUCUUUACAGACCCAUCAAUGGAGACUCUUUGUACAGAAGAAUUUCACCCUUAGGGGACCCAAAUGAGUCUAUAGUACCUGUACUUGAUCAAUGGAUCAAAGAAGGGAAACAUGUGGUUAAAAAAGAACUUCAGUAUAUGAUCAAAUCAUUAAAAGAUUACAGAAGAUACAAACAUGCCCUUGAGGUAUCUUAUUGGAUGACUGACAAAAGAUGUUUUAGCCCAGAAUAUUCUGAUAUUGGAGUACGAAUUCAUCUAAUUUUUAAAGUUAAAGGUCUAGAAGAAGUUGAGAAGUAUAUCAAUAGCAUCCCGCAGCAAUUUAAAGGCUUUCAAACCUAUUCAGCUCUUCUCAACUGCUAUGCCAGUGAGAAGUCUGUAGAGAAAGCUGAGGCCAUCAUGCAAAAAGUAAAGGAUAUGGGGUUAGCUCAUAAUCCAUUGUGCUACAGUUUCAUGAUGAAAAUGUAUUAUCGAACAGGAGAUUGGGAGAAAAUGGACAAUAUGAUGAAUGAAAUGGAGGGGAAGGGUAUAAAUUUUGACCAGUUCAUUCUCAUAAUCAGGUUAAGUGCAUAUGCUGCUGCUGGAGAUUCUGAUGGAAUGGAUAAAAUAGCAAGGAUGUUGGAAUCUGAUAAACGGAUCACAUUGAAUUGGAAUGCUUAUUCUAUCAUCGCAGAGAAGUAUCUCAAUGUUGGGCAAGUGGAAAAAGCUCUGACAAUGCUGAAUAAACUGGAGGGCAUGCUUGCCACUAGCAAGAAUAAGCAGGGGUUACUUGGUGUAUUACUAAACCUCUAUGCGCAAGCUGGAAAGAAGGAAGAGCUACAUCGAGUUUGGGAUCUGUUCAAGCAGAAUCUACGAAUAUAUAACAAAGGUUACAUUAGCAUGAUGAAUUCGUUAAUGAAAUUUGAUGACAUUGAAGGAGUUGAACAAAUAUUUGAGGAAUGGGAAUCAGGGGGGUUAUCCUAUGACUUCCGAAUUCCAAACUUUUUGAUUGGCGCAUAUUGUAGAAAUGGUCUUCUACGCAAGGCUGAGGCCCUCUUCGACAGAGGAUUAUCAAAAGGAGGUGUUCCUACUGUCAUCACAUGGUGUCAUUUGGCAAGUGGGUAUAUCCAUGAAGAUCAGGUCUCAAAAGCCAUAGAAGCAUUGAACAAGGCAAUGUCAAUCUGCCCGCCUAAAUUUAUCCCUAGCAAGGAGACUUUACGUACCUGUGUAGAAUAUUGGGAAAAUCAGGGAAAUGUGGAGAAGGCUGAGGAGUUUGUGAGGUCUUUAGAGGUGGAGGGUGUCUUUUCAUCAGUUUUUUGUGAAAAGUUGUGGUGCUUCAUCAACAAAUGAAAACUCCAAACAGGAACAACUGAAGGUGAGUUAUGAUUAAGCGGGGGCUGUAUACUGCGAACUGAGAGCCUCAUAACGUCAUGCAAUGCAAGAAGCUAGUUUUGAAUAUGUGCUUCAGUUGUUACAUUAGUAACUCGAGAGCUUUGGGCUAGUGAUAAGAGAGCAACACGUGAUAUGUAGAUUGGGCACGUUGAAUCUUGCUGCAGACAAAGCUGGAUAUCAUGAGUUUCAAAUUAUGUGUCAUUGGGCUAAGAAGAAGAGGUACUAGUAAAUUUGUAUAAUUUGAGUGAAUCAUGGAAUACCAGAGUAUCAUGUACUUGUAUAAACAGAAAAUCUAGAAUUAAUUUAUGAUACAUGUAAAUUGUAAUAGUCUAAUCACUUGUUAGAAGAAUUGAUAUGAA